AUGAAGUUAUUCGCGUUCGUGUUUCUAACGACAGCCGUCGUCCUAACGACAGGGCAGAGCAUCGAGGAUUGCCUGAAGAGCGACAGCAUAUCCUGCGUGCAGAAGAGCCUCUACAGAAAAGCGAAGGAGUUCUUCGACAAGGACAACUUGGAACUGUUCAGUGGUGUUAGUCUGGUGAAGAACGAAGACGGACAAACGAGAAGCUCCAGAACUGGCAAGGAAUUGAUUCACGAUCAGGAGAUCGACGCUGCUAAUAACGUGGCCGACAGACAGAGCGUUCUUGAGAAUUUCGUGACCGAGGAAGCCGGUGAAUUCUUAAGUGGACGUAGUCUCAGGAUCAAUCUCGCGCCUACUUUCGAGAAGAUCGGGCAAUCGGCUCGCGCCUUCAGCGACUCGGCACCGGAAGAGGUGCGUCAAGCGGUCAACGAAAUCGUCGAAGGUCGAGGAAAGAAGAAGAUGCUGAAAUCGAUCCUCCCUCUUCUGAUCGCCGCGAAAGUGAAGAUCGGAGCGUUGGCCACCCUCGCGUACUUCGCGAUCGGUCUUAUAGCGAAGAAAGCGAUCUUCGCAUCCCUUAUUUCCCUCGCCAUUUCCGCUUUCAUCGGGCUGAAGUCUCUGUGGUCGAAGAACUCUUACCACGAAAUGACUCCUUACAACGGAUGGAACGGAGCCGGAGCUAGCGGGGGUUGGUCCGCUCCAGUUGCGAGCGGAGGAUGGUCGUCCGGCGCCUCGUGGGACGAUGGGCAUGGUUUCGCGCAGAAUCAAGCGUACUCCGGCUACCAUCAUUAA